GGCAGUACGCAGCAGCUGUUUGACUUCCUUUAUAUUUCCCUGAUAUUUUCUUACAGAACCUCUAUGACACCAUAAAUAAAUCGUCUGGCGCAGAAGAAUGGAAGUGGGGAAAGAAAAGUCUGCUUCUAAUUACAUCUCAAAAUGGGAGAGGACGGCUGGGAAAUUCCUUCAAGCUACUUUGCUGCAGGUUUGUUGGGAUUUAAACAUGCACGCUGCGUGUCUGCAGCAGUCCAUGCUACUGCCGCUGAGUCUAAUUCUGCUCUGUGUUGUGGAGGACUCUUUGUUGCAAUCGCUGAGGCAGGUAACAGGCGAAUGCAAACUGUCUAAAGAUUCGGCGCUGCGGCGCUGCAGGACACCUGAUGGCAAAAUCUGCAGCGGAAGAGGCAAGUGCGACUGUGGCGUCUGCUUUUGUCAAGCCGCAGGGCCGGAAAAGUUCUACGGGCCCCGGUGUGAGUGCCACGACUGGGUCUGUGCCAUGCACAAUGGGAAGGCUUGUAACGACCGCGGCUACUGUGACUGUGGGCUGUGCGAGUGUGACGAAGGCUGGGCCGGAGACGCCUGUCAGUUCCAGGAGGACUGUAAACUCACCAAGAGGAAGAGCAAGGAGCUCUGCAAAAACCCACAAGGCGUGGUCUGCUCCAACAGAGGCACCUGUAACUGUGGGAGCUGUCUGUGUGACAACAAGGACGACAGAGGUCUGGUAACAGGACGUUUCUGCGAGUGUGACGACAGCGAGUGCCUGGAUGAGGACACAGGAGAGGUGUGUGGAGGCCACGGUCAGUGUUACUGUGGAAACUGUUACUGCGCUGCUGGUUGGCAUGGAGACAAAUGUGAAUUCCAGUGUGACAUCAGCCCAUGGGAAAGCAAACGGAGGUGCACGUCUCCAGAUGGCAAAAUCUGCAGCAACAGAGGGACAUGUGUGUGCGGCGAGUGCAGCUGUUAUGACGUCGAUCCCUCCGGCGACUGGGGCGACAUCCAUGGGGACACGUGCGAAUGCGAUGAGAGGAACUGCCAUGCAACCUAUGACCGCUACACCGACGACUUCUGCUCUGGAAGGGGUCAGUGUAAUUGCGGCCGCUGCGAUUGUAAGGAAGGCUGGUCGGGGAGGAAGUGCGAGCAUCCUCUGUCCUGCUCUCUGUCUCUGGAAAGUAGCCUGAAGAAAUGUCAGGGAUCGUCCAAAUUGCCCUGCUUCGGACGAGGUCAGUGUGAGUGCGGCCAGUGUACCUGCCACCCACCGGGAGACAGCCGUGUUCAUGGCAAGAACUGUGAGUGCGAUGACCGUCAGUGCGAAGACCUCUCUGGGGAGGCCUGUUCAGGCCAUGGCUACUGCUCCUGUGGACGCUGCAUCUGCGAAAGCGGCUGGUUUGGAAAGUUGUGCCAGUACGCCAGGUCAUGUGACUUGAGUGACGCACAGAGCAAGGAGCUUUGCGAGACCUCGGAUGGAGUCGUGUGCAGCGGAAAAGGUUCCUGCCACUGCGGCCAGUGCAUCUGCUCCACCAGGGACUGGUGGGUUUCUGGAGAGUUCUGCGAGUGUGACGACCGGGACUGUGACAAGCACGACGGGCUGGUCUGCACAGGGAACGGCUUGUGCAACUGCGGCACCUGUGAGUGCUGGGACGGCUGGACAGGGAACGCUUGUGAAAUCUGGGUGGGAGCGGAGUACUGAGGACACUGGCGUGAGAAUAGAACCAAGCCCGGAUGACCCCGACGGACCAGGAGGACCAGUGGCGACCGACCGAGGCUGGCGGGGCAGAGGAAGGAUGAAACGUAAAGAACAUGAUCUGUAAAGAUUUGCAUUGGCUAUAGUAACACGGACACCGAUAAACUCAAUUACAUGUGUAACAAAGAAGCAAAUUAAUAUAUUGUGAUGUCAUUUUGAUUUAUUUGAUAGUAAUGUUUCAACUCCUCAUUUCUGCUCCCUGUACUUUUUUGUGACCAAGAUUAUUCACAUUUUUAUCAAAAAUUUAGAUCACUGCUUUUCAGAUUGUGUUCUUCUUUAACCAUCAUUUGGAAAUUUCAAUUUAAUUUAAUGACAACAUUAAACCCCAAGAACACCAAUGUCGCAAUCACUUCACUAGUGCCGCGCACCUGAAUAAAAAAAUACUUCCCAUCGAAAGCUAAAAAUGGCCAACUUUAGACUAAUACUUACUUAUAACUUCAGUUACAACUACAAUAACUUCAGAUGAAUGCAGCAAGUCUCAAACUCGAGGACAGGGGGCCGGAUUCUUCCCGGCAAGUCAUUUCAUGUGGCCCAAGUUUUUAAUAUUAAAAUUGUGCAAAGUGCAAAAAUUUAAAAAUCUUCUUUCUCUCUAGCAAGCAAGUACUUAUCAACAAUUUAUCUGGAAACUUCAGAGAAAAAUGAUACAGAUGGAAAUAAACCAAUCCAAAAGAUUCCAAGAUGCAAUAGCCUGUGGUGAUUAAAAUAAUGUCGCAUUCUGUUGCCGCUCCUACUUCCUGUCAUAGAUCACACUAGAAUUGGGAACAUAUAUUGUCAAUAAACUUAGCAGCAUAUUAGCAAGAUACUAAUAUGCAGCAUCUUAUCAUAAUAGCCGGAAAAUCGCAAGUUGUUAAUAAGUGUUGUUUCACAAAGACAAAAACACAAUUUGAUUUGAAACUUACUUAAAGACUGCAUCCUUUCAUAUUUGGACAACUUCAAGGUGUCUGGGUAAAGAAGAGCUCUAUCUCAAGGGAAAAUUUGUGUCGUUGCUGUCCGUGCUAGCAUAGCCAAUGCUCUCCGUUUCUAAUGUGCUGGCUACAUUUUGCUUUUUCAUAAGUGAAUUUUUGGAUUGUGAUAUUGUCCACAUGACGAGUGCAAUAGGGGAAAUACGAUAACGCGAGAUGUUUCUUUAAAACCAACGCGUGUGAGUGUGUGUGCGUGUGUGUGCAUAUGAAGUGCACUUCUUGAGACAGAUGUUUAAGGGUUUUUUUUUUAUUUUUCUCUUUAAUAAUAAAACAUUGAAUGUGCCGCAUGACACAACAUUUGCAUGGAAAACAAUGCGAAGACCGUAAUCAUACAUGGUUACAAAUCUGUUAUAACAUGACAUUACUCCAAUGGGCAUACUUGCAAUG